ACACAAACAUUGUACCGGGUGGGUCUCUUGGUUGAAAAGAAUGCAUUAAAGUGAGUUGCAAAGAAAAUAAAAGAUAAAUUAAUAAACAGUAAAAGUAGAAUUUGGAACAGAAAGCAAGCUAAUAGUAUAUAGUUGCUGUUCGUAGUAUUGAGUUGCGUUUGCUGUUUUUGAGACACGUUUUUUAAACAAUGGGAGAAAUGUCUUUCCGGCCGAUGUCCAGCUUUGAGGUCAUGCUAUCUCAGUGGAAACCUCAUCUUUCGUUAUGUCAAGCCAAAGAUAGUGUCAUUACGUUGCAUGAAGAUUUACAUGUGGCCUGCCGGGAGGAGCAACCGGAGACUGUGAAAGCUUUAAUACAUAGUUACGGUACCAAACAGUGUUUUUCCAGGGACAAAUUUGGAGGAACACCACUUCACAUCGCGGCAAUGAGAGGCAGAAUAGACGUGAUGAAGGAAUUGUUGGAUGCUUGCCCUGAAUCCGUGAAAGAGGUGAAUGCAACGGGGAAGACGUGCCUUCAUACUGCCGUCAUGUAUAAGAAGGGGAAGGUCGUCCGCUACCUGCUGAAAUGGCUAUGGAAAAGAAGUACCGAGUAUGCGCAUCUAGUUAAUGUAAAAGAUCAAGGUGGAAAUACGGUUUUGCACUUUGCUACUUCAAGAAAACAACUCCAGACUCUAAAGGUAUUGCUCGCUUAUGAUCCAAACAUUAGCAAUUUAGUGGAGGUGAACGCAUUGAACUCUAGCGGUUUCACUGCACUGGACAUCCUAGAUGUUCUGCCAGAUGGUGGGAAGCUAGAUAUGGAAAUUGACAAGAUCCUUCGGCGAGCUGGAGCUUUGAAAGCCAGAGAUGUUGUCAUUUGUGGCACCAAGCAUGAUGCUGUCUACGAUUGUAGAGGAAGGUCUCACCAGGCGUGUCAUAAGGCAGUGAUGACCAUCUCCUCCAAAUCAAGAAAAGAUUAUGCACGUACUGUGUUAUUAGCGAUGGCCACACUGGUCACAACAAUAACCUUCCUUGCAGUCCUUUGUCCCCCUUUUGGUACUCUCAAACAGGGUUACCCAGGCACCCUCCAACUGAAGAAACAACAUUCAAUUAUAACCCGGUCAUUCAUAUUGUUCAACACCGUCGGGUUUGUUGCAUCACUAGCCAUUCUUAUAUUCCUCCUGUAUGAAUUCCCACUGAAACCAUGGCCGCAAAUAUCAGUUUCUUCACUGUUUGGAUCAUAUGCGUGUUUGAUAAUGGCAAUAUCUGCAGGUGAAGCAUUACUUCUGCUCGCGCUAGCAAUUCCGGUUUUAUUGUUGGCUGCUACAGGGAGAUUAAAUGGCUUUGCACGACAGAGCUCUUAUUGAAGUUAUAUCUUUGAACCUCUUAAAUGUUUAAUCAUGUACCUCAAUUAUAUUGCAUAAAGUAGAAUUCAUGGAGUCACAUAAGAUUCAAUAUCUGUCUUGUUUGUUUGUCCAAAUAUUUAAAAUUGAAACUACUGCAAAAUAAUAGUGGUAAGGUGUUGUAAUAAAAGAUGUGGAUGUUGUGGUGCA